AUGUUGACUGUUCAACAACUCCUGCCAACUGUUAAGGAUAUAAAUCAACUUCUUAAGGACAAAGAUUAUGUGGGAUACCAACAGGGUUCGUUUGUUUUUGAACUUCUAAAGGGAAUGGGUUUUGAUGAGUCUAGACUUAAACAAUACAAUUCUCCAGAGGAAUGUAAUGAACUUUUCUCGAACAGAAGUGGAAAUGGAGGCAUUUCUGCGGCUUUCGAUGGGAUCCCAUAUAUAAAGCUUUUCCUUGCAAAAUACUGCUCAAAAUACACCAUGCUUGACCCAACAUACAAGACUGGUGGCUUUGGCUUUGCUUUCCCAAUAGGGUCACCUCUAGUACCUGAUGUCUCAAGAGCAAUAUUACAUGUGACAGAGGGCGAAAAGAUGGCGGAAAUCGAAAGAAAAUGGUUUGGUGAAAAAACUAAAUGCCCAAAUUCUACCACAUCACUUUCAUCCAACAGCAUUGGACUUGAGAGCUUUUGGGGACUUUUUUUAAUAGCUGGAAUAGCUGCAGUUUCAGCUCUUAUAAUCUAUAUCAUUAUGUUUCUACGUGAACACUGGAAUGUUUUACGAUGUUCUGAUUCCAAUUCCUCAAUACGGAGCAAACUUCUAGAGUUAUUUCGACAUUUUGAUAAUAAAGAUCUCAGUUCUCAUACUUUCAGAAACACUGGACUGAGAGAAAGAAACAUCGGGUAUGGUGACUGCAUGGAGAGAAAAGAGAAAGUCUCAUCCCACGGUAAUUGCUCACAAACUCCACAAAAAUUUUCAUUGAAUACUUCUCCGCAUACCAAUCCACCAAGUCCAACUUUCUCAAAUGGCACAGAGCAAUAUUUAGAUUCUCCACGAGAUCAAAUGAAUACAACAGAGAAUGUGAUGAUAAAUUCUCAAUCGGAAGCAGCUCAUGUGAUUAAUCCAGAAAUUGAGCUUGUGAGUCCGAAUCAAGAUUUGCAAAUGGCAGCAAGAUCCACAAAUGAAAUUCAUUGA